CGGCGGGCGCAGACGAGGAGCGGGGUGACCGACUGUCCGGAGACUCGGAGACCGGGACGCGGGUGUAGACGUGGCCCUGGGCCGCGCCCGGGUCUGCUGCGCGGGAGCGGAGCGCACGGGCUGCGGGCCCACGUGGAGAAGUCGGGGCGCGGCCUGGGGCGGCGGGCCGGGGAGAGCGGGGCUGGGCGGGCCGGUGCGCUCGCCGCCUGCCGCGCCGGGUCGUGUCUGCGAGGGAGGCGCGGGAGCCUGGCGCUCGCGCGGGCGCCGCUGUCUGUAAAGCGAACGUCUCUGGGUCCACUUCCGUGGCAGACGUCGCCGAGCCCCCGACGGCUCGCCACGCCCGCCCCGCGCGCUUCUGAGGGCUCUGGUGACGGCGUGUCCUGCGGAGCGCUGGCGUUCCCGCCGUGGGUUCCGAGCGUCGGCACCGUGAUGGCCGUGGCCGGGGUGGUGGUACUUCUCAGAAGCGUGCGCCUGACGUCAAAAUUUACAAGUUCUUCAGAAAUUCCAGUGGAAUUUAUAAGAAGGAAUGUUAAACUACGUGGACGAUUACGCCGAAUAACUGAGAAUGGUUUAGAAAUCGAACAUAUUCCCAUUACUUUACCUAUUAUAUCGUCAUGGAGAAAAGAGCCGUGUGGUGUUUUGCUGGUUAAGCUGGCCGGAGUAGAACUCACUGAAACUGGGAAGGUGUGGUUACAGAAAGAGCUAAAACCUUCCCAACUUCUAUGGUUCCAACUUCUUGGAAAGGAGAAUUCAGCACUCUUUUGCUACCUUUUGGUGAAUAAGGGUAGAUAUCUUACUGUGAGUCUGAAUGAAGAAAUUUUGAGAAGAGGCCUUGGCAAAACUGUUCUUGUUCAAGGGCUAAAUUAUGAUUCUAAAAUCUAUUGGACAAUUCACAGAAACUUACUUAAAGCUGAAUUAACAGCCUUAAAAAAAGGAGAAGGAAUAUGGAAGGAAGAAUCUGAAAAAGAAAGUUAUUUGGAAAAAUUCAAAGGCUCCUGGAGAGAAAUAUGGAAAAAAGACAGUAAUUUAAAAAAAAUUGGAUCAGAUUUCAACUUGAAAAAAGAGAGUUAUUAUGACAAAUUUAGAAGGACUUAUGAAGCAUGGAAAGACAACAUGAAAAACUACUCCUUAAUACUGAAGUUCAGAGAACUUAUGAGUCGCAUACACUUUCGUAGAAAAGAGUAAAACAUUCCAAGAGAUCUGGAGGUGACACACUCUGAGGAGUGAAAUAUGUAAAUAUAUGGAUAUUUUUCAUUGAGUUGAAAUGGAAAUUUUCCCAAAUGAUCAAAGUUAUCUGCUAAUGGUAUUUAAAUAUUUAGGAGAUGAUUGUUAUGGAUGUAAUAUCAGAAUAAUUUAAACAAAUUGUGAUUAAUGUAAUAUACUUUUAGGAAAAAUGAAACACUCUAUAAAAAGUUACCAGGUUGAAGGAUGUAUACACACAGUGCUAAUAUUUGAAGAGAGAGCUUAACUAUUGGCCAUUGUGUUAUAGUUAUUUUGGGCAGCCGUAUUUAAUUUUUGUUUAAAGAGAGUAUUUGUUUAUUUUUCCAGUUUUAUCAACUUUGAUGAUUUAUAAUAAAGGAACUGCUUAUA